UUGAAGACACCGCAGCAGAUAAAGCGUUGAACAACGCGGCCAUGGAGGAAGACUCAUUAACCAGUUCAUCUCUGUCAUCGCGCAGAUGCCUCGGUUACGAGAGUGAAGAACAGGCCCCUAGAGGGAGUCAGCACCGCGUCCAGGCAACCGUGCAGCAGCCAGAUCAAGCGCUGCGCGAACAAAGCUCAGCUCGCAACACUUACGGUAUGGGUGCCGCUAAGAGCAGCGGGAGUUUACGGCUGCACAAGUACGACGAGACCUUCGAGGAACCACGUGAGGGCUUACCCCUGAGUCAUCCGAUUUACCCAGCAGGCAUGGAGAGCAGGCCGCAAAUUUUCCAGCACAGCCUUCAAGGCACCAGCCAUGAUCAUGGGAGGAGCCUCCACGACGUCCAUGGCACUGUUCACCCGUUUCUGCGCUCCGACAGUGCUAUUCACAUCAGCAAGUUGUCCUCUGAGACCCAGUGCAGCUACGCCCAAGGAAUCCACGGCGACACCGAGCAGCUGUCGCUGCAGCCGCAUCCAGAUAACACUCAUGACACCAGAGUCGGUCUUCGAGCCCGCUGGCGGUAA